GUGGAGAGCACCGGGAGCGCGCGCGCUCCGAAUCCCCAACUCCACCUUACUUCCGGGACUUCAGCGAACUAAUCUGCUCCCAGUCUUUCAUUACUGGGCAGAAUGAUUAAAUCCAAUGUGCUUAAUGUCCAGUAAUGAAAGACAAGAAACCAAGCAGCUGACUGGACAACAGGAAGUAGUAGAGUUGCGCAAGGGGUCCAUUUGGUAUCUGUGGUUGGCACCGCGCUUAGUUUGGCCCAAGUCUGAUGGUGUUUUUGAUAGAUAAUCGAUGCCCUUCCUUAUUUGGUCUAAACAAUAAAACCAGAUUCUGAACAUGAGGACAUGUUGCUGUAGUCAAUUAAAUCUACAUACAUACUGAUGACUUUAAGUGACCUACAACAAUUUUUGAAGAGAUGCAGGAUCAGAUCAUUGUUUCGACACAUGCCUCAAAGUAGUUAAACAGCUCCUCACACUCAUCUCCUAUUACAACCACCUCCCACACAGUCAUCCAACGAUUUCUGAAGACAGGACUUUGUCUGGUAUUGAGUUUUAAUGGAGAACAGGAGAAGACUAAAGAAGAUUUUCAUCGGCAUUUUGGUGGGAGUGACUGUCACCAUUAUUUACCUGACUGCUGAGGAUAAGUCUGAGCCCUUGUAUGGUCCAGGAUAUAAAAAAAACAAUUUUACAGCCUCUCAAACACCUGAACCAAAGUGGGAGGACCCAGGCCCGUAUCAUGUGGCUUACCCUCGGAACUACAGGUUCAUCAUGGACGACACACCAACGUGUAAGACCACCAGUCCGUUCCUGAUCUUGAUGGUUCCUGUCGCUCCUGCCAACGUGGCAUCCAGGGACACCAUCCGAAGGACGUGGGGGAGCGAGAAACUUGUCCUUGGUCAGCAGAUUGAGACAGUCUUUAUAGUGGGACUGCCUGGAGGGAAGGCUGCUAAGCAGCUGCAGGAUGAACUUAGAGAAGAGAACAAGCAGCACCACGAUCUCAUUCAGAGUAAUUUCCAGGACAGCUAUCACAACUUGACCAUCAAGACCAUGGUUAUGCUAGAGUGGCUGGCUGAGCACUGCAGCAAGUCUACCUUCAUAAUGAAAAUUGACUCAGAUAUUUUGCUUCAUGUUAAAAAGUUAGUUUCAUUGUUACUUGAUCUGAAGACACCUAAAGAAAACUACAUGACAGGUUUGGUAUGGUGGCACAGCCCAGUGUUAAGAAACCCAUUUAUCAAGUUUUAUAUGCCAAGAGACGUAAUAGCAGAAUCAGAGUACCCACCCUACCCUCUUGGCAUGGCUUACGUUAUGUCUUUGGAUCUACCUAAGAAAAUCUUGUCUGUUUCCCCUCAAAUCAAACCCAUCUACAUUGAAGAUGCAUAUCUGGGGAUGUGCCUGAAACGCCUGGGUAUCUCCCCCACUGACCCUCCUGAUGAAAGCAUGUUUCAGGUAACCCCCCAGCAUCCUCUGAGCAGCUGCGAUCUCUCAAAAGUCAUCGCCAUGACUACAACAAGUAUUUCACAAAUGCAGGUCUACUGGCAGAGGAUCCAACAAGGAGUUCAGUGCGGAGCAUAGUUGGAAAGUUAUCCUUCUGGGGGGUUUGUAAGCUUUCCCAACAAUUCUGAAACAUGGAAGGAAGUGUGUCUGAUUUGUUAUCUAUUUGAAUUAAGAUUUACAUUUUUUUUUUAAAGUAAAAUGAAUGGAGAACCUGUUUGUCAUGGUUGUUAACGUACACUGAUCUGAGGAUUUAUUUCCUCUUCACCAAGCUUACAGCGAUAUUUUUGCAAUUACUGACAAUAACAAAAAACAAAGUAUUCUUUAUAUACUACAUAGAUUUGUACCAUAUUGACAGGAACACCAUCACUGUGGAGGGAUAUUCAGUGAAGUCUUGAUUGCAAGGUGAUUGAGGAUAGAAUAACUGCUCUGUUACACAACUUGCUGGGAUGCGCUCUAAGCCGCCAACAGAUGUUGCAAUUUUUAUCUCUUUAACUGUGUUUGAGAAAUCUUAUUGUCAAUAAAAUGAUUGACUGAU